AUGUCAUGAAAUAAAAUAUCCCUACUUAAAAAUUGCCAAAAAUACCGAGGUGAUAAAGAAAUCGGCUGAUUUUUAGCCAUCAAGGCACAUCUGAUAACAUUUUUAUCAAAAUCAUUUAGAAGAAAAUACAGUUCAAAAUUCAAUUUAACAAGCCAGCUUACAUCUGAAAUAAUAGUUAACACUGUGAUUACCUUUCAGAUGAUUUCGAUUUUUUGAUAUCACAAUAUGCCAAUUCAUAACUGAAACACAUGAAUCGAUAAUAAUAAAUGGCUUGGGCUGAAGGGUAAUUCGCUCGGUGAAUUCUCUCUCCUUGCCUAAAUUUUAAUAUUAUAGUUAGAGUCAUACACAUAGACUUUUAAUUGAAAAAAAACUGACGAGAAUGGUUCUGUCCUCCUUAGAUUGAGGCACAGGCAGAGUGAUACAGCAGCACGCCAAGCCGCUAAUAUUUACCGUACUUCGGAUUCCCAAUGGCUAAUCGAAUGCAGAGGAGCGAGCUGUGCUGCGAAAGCCUGGCUUGCGCGCAAGAGAAGUGACAUAUUUGAGAAAAUGGCCUCUUGAAGGUGCCUGUACAUAUAGAGUUAAAUUAAGUAAUAUGAUUAAACACAUGAAUCACUCCAUGGAAUUAUUUGCGAUUCGUAAAUAUAGACAACUUUUGUGCAUAUUUUGGCAUUAUUGAUAUCUGUUUGUAUAUGUAUUAAAACUGUGUGAUGAAUCAACAUUUAGAGCCAUAAGAGACCUUGAGAAAGGGAGAAAAGCCUUCAGAUGUUUAUCUGACCUUAACUUAAAAUUAUAGUCUUGGCUUGCGUGCCUAUUGACAGCACAGUCACCAAGGAUCUCUAUGACAGGGAGAAUUUGCUUGAGUAAGAUGACUCACCUGAUGAUUUGAAAACUUGGAUACCACCUUUCUUCUACUUCACCGCCUUGCGCCAAGGCACUUGUGAGAUAAAAAUCUAUGUCUUCGUCUCCUUCUUGCCUUGCCAGCUCAAUUGUUGAGUGGGAAGGCUAAGGACUUCUACGGUAUGCUGCUUGGAUUGAAGGAUCUGCCAAAAAAAAAACGGAAUUAUCGGUAAAAAAGGAAAAAUUAAAGUCUUGGCGUAACUCCCAGUUUGACGCUAGAAAGUUGCCUAAAUGAUCUAGACUUUUGUCUGUAUACUUCGCUGGGCUUCCCCUUUCCAAUUCUAACCCUCUUUUUCCCUAGAGAUAAAAUCCAACUUGAAAGUGGAUAAGGGUUAGGCACUAUGCAUUACCAGAAUUGCUUACUCCUCCUCAGUAAGUGAACAAAAUCAUUAGAAAAAAUCCCUAUUUUUUGCCCAAAAAAAUCACCCUCUGUGAACUAACAACAAUUUUUUAAUAUAAAAAUUUUUAUGAAAAAAAAAUAUAUAAAUGGUAAUUAUUUAAACGAAAUCUGAUUAAUUUUAAGCAGCUUGAAUUUUAAAAUAUAUGUUUCGCAAAUUAAAUUAAUUUUUGCUUUUACAAAUUUUUUAAAUUUUAAGAAAAAAAAAAUUUAUAUAAAAUUUCUAUAUAAAAUUUUUAAAAAAAAAAAAUCAGUAUAAGAAUUAAAGGAGCUUUACUAUGAUCCAAGGAUUAAUUAAUCUGCUUUGUAGGUUUUUCAUCCAUUAUUGGUGUUUGCACUGCUGCCUUUAUUUUUUGUGGCAUCUUUUAUUGGUAUAGUAAAAAAUCAUUUAGUUUUAUUACUAGAAUUGCAUUUAAAGUUGCAAUUGUACUUUCAAAUAUAGGAUUUAUACCAAUCCAAACUCUUUUUUGAACCAUUUUUAAGUAUUCGACUUUUAAAAUUACCAAAGUCCAAGAAUAUACUGAUUGUGAUUAUAAUAGGCUUGAUUUGGGCAUACAUGGAUCAUUAUUAAGUAUUCUGUUUUCAGUAUUGCUCUUUGUGCUAGCAAUAAUUGUAGAGCUCUUUAGCGCUAAUGUUAGCCACACAUUUCUAAAAAGAAAUAUAAUGUCAAGGGCAAACUCUAAUAUGGACUUGCUUAUGGUUUUUCUAUCAGAAGCUCAGGUCAUUUGCUAUGUAUUUCUUAAUGGAGAAGAUGUAGCGAAUUACCAAUUGAUAUUUUGCCUUAUAACAUUGAUAUUAUGCUAUAAGUGAAUAGAAGCAGUCCCAUACUAUAACCCUUACGAAAAUAUAAUAAAAAUAUGCAGGGUCUCUUGCAUAUGGUUUGUCCUGACAAUUUUCUUAUUUGGAUAUAUAAUGGAUAAUGCUGCAAUUAUCACUGUUCUAUCCAUUGUUCUUUCUCCUUUGUUCAUUAUUAUAGUUGGUAUUAGAAUUUAUAAUAACUGCGAUCUUUUAUCACCCAGGAAAAUUUCUUUUAAGUCUCAAACAAAAUUUGAACAGACAGUUAGACAUUUAUUGACUUCUGAUAGCCAUGAAAAUAAAAUUUUAGUCAUUAAUUUAUUUUCAGAUUGCUAUAAAAAACCAAUGCUUCAAAAAAAUAAACUUUUAGUGAUAUGAGAAGUCAAUUAUUGUCUACAUACUUUAAAAGAUACAAGACUUGCAAGAAUUAAGCUCACAAAAGCAUUAUUUAUACAUAAUUGCAUAGAAGGAGAAAUCCAAGAAUGCAAAGCGAACAUAAAAUUAGAGAAAAAAAGUUCUGAACUUCCAGAUGUAGACUAUCUAAAGUAUUUAGCAGAUAUUGAGAAUGCUAAAGUGAAAGAUGAAGAAAUGUGCAACGUUUUACUUAAUUUAUGAAAUGAAGUCAUUUCUGAAUCACCGAAAAUCAGCAUUCUAACUGAUAUGUUUAUUAAAGUCGAUAUAUUCACACAAAGUUUGAAAUCGCUAUAUGGGUCUCUAUUUGCAAAAAAUAAGCAUUCUGAAGUUCUUGAUUUAUAUGGCACAUUUUUAGAGAAUAUCAUGGGAGAGCAUGAAGAUGGAGCAAUGAUUUUAAAGAAAAAACUAAAAAUGAGCUCGCUAGACUCAAUGAUUGGCUACCACAAAAAGCUAGAAGAUUAUGAUGAAAGUAUAUCAAUAAUCCUCAUCUCUGCAAGUCUUGACUCAUUUGGAUUGAUUUCUUAUAUAAACUUGAAUGCUGCCAGAAUGCUAAAAAUGCAAAAGGCUGAUGCAAUAGGUACUAAUUUUACAUCUUUAAUUCCUAAGCCAUUUAGCGAUAAUCAUAACGAAAUCAUAAAGAAUUUCUAUUUGAACUGCUCAAACCCUACAAUAGACGUGCCUCAUAAUUUUUUCUUACAAGAUCACAAAGACCAUCUAUUUGAGUGCAAUCUUUUAUUAAAAUUUACAACCUUCAAUUGUGUUCCUUAUGUUAUUGCUAGCUUUAGACCGAUCAAUAAAUUAAGACAGAUAAUCCUAUUGACUGAAAAAGGAAUUAUUUUGAGUUUUUCUGCAUUAAUUCCUAAUCUCUUUUGCAUUGAAGAACAGCAUUUAAAAGGAGCAGUUAUUACAAAAUUUUUCCCAGGCCUCUGCAUGGACAAUUUCCCUUUAUUUGAGCCACGCUUUUUGAAAUAUAAUGGAAAAGAAAUAGGGAUUGUCCGUUUAGUCAAAACUAUAAAGACGACAUCAAUUCAUUUAUUAUUAGUCAUAAGUGAAAAAGAAGAGCUAAAAAAAUGAAGAAAAGGCAAAUCUGAAGAACAAAUUGAACAAUUAGGAAAAAUUUAUAGUGUUAAGCAGAAAGACACCAGUGGAGACUCGACUAAUUCUUUUAUAAAUUUCGAAAAAAUUAAUUCAAGAUUCGCCACAAGAUUUUUGAGGUCAAUUGAAAAGUCUCGUGGCGAAGAAUCUUUUACUGCUUUAUCAAAUGAAAACAAUGAAGAAGUUGAUGAAAAUCGGUUAUCUUCUGUAGCAGCAAUAAAUAAGACAAGCCUAAUUAUUGCGAUGAAGAGUAAGAAAUAUACAGAAUCUGCGUCUGACCAUCUCGAAAAAACUGGGAAUUCAAUUAAAGUGUUUAUAGCUGUGCUAUUACUUUCAGUAAAUUUCAUGUAGACUAUAGCAAUGAUAGCUUUAAAUGUGGGAAUAGUAAGUGUGGUUUAUCAGUUCAUGUCUGACACAAAUACUAUGAACAUCUUUAAUCGUUUCAAUGAUCUUUUAUAUUUGGUCAGCCUAUUGCCUGAUAUUUCAAAUGAUAUAUAUUAUGAAGUAAAAUACCCUGGUUCAUUAAACUUAGCAAUAGACACACAAUUUUUAAACGACACAAUUAAUGGGCUAGAUUUGAUUCAGGAUACGUUAAUCACAGAUCUUGAUAAGUGAAGCUAUUGUGAUGCGUCGUGAAUUGUGUCUAAAGAAAUCAUUCCGUUGUGGACAUUUGAUGAUCUCCCGAUACUACAAAAACACAAUCUUAUUAGAGCUCUUGAUUUAUAUAAAAAACAUGUGAUGAUAAUUUAGGGAUAUAGAAUAGUAGACACUGGCAGUAUGAAAGCCACCUCCCUUCAAAAGGAAACUGCCUUGUAGCCAGGGAAAAUAAUAUCUCUUAUAUUUUGAAUUAUCAAGAUUAGAUAGUUUUCUUUAAGGUGGGGGCAUGAGUUUCAUGUUUGACCAGACACCCUCGCCCAAUCUCAAACCUACAAUCGUGAUAGCAUGAGAUUUCUGUGGCUGAACAGUCUCACUUUUACUUAUGAUUAUCUUAACAACACUUUGAGAGAGCUUUCUGCUUGCGAAAAGAGCAGGGUAAGGGAAUCUGGUGAAAAUGUUAGAUAUUUUAUUUUGUUUGGUAUGUGCAUUUUUGGGCUUUGCUAUGUUAUUUUGAAUUUUUUUACUUAUCUUGUGAAAAUUAAAUAUGAGUUGUUUUGGGGGAAAGUAAAAAAGGCAGUUUAUUUGACCUAUUUUACAUUGCAGCAGAAUGCUGCUGAAAGAUUAAUGCAAAUUCAUGGAACUGAAGUGCCAGAAGAAACCAAAUUUAUACGAUAAUAUCUAAAUUUUUAAUUAUUCCUUUAACUCCCCCCCUCCGUGAGUGAACAAAAAAAUUUUUGUUCACUCACGGAGGGGGUUAAUUUUUUUUUUUAAACAAAAAUUUAUAUAUAAAUUUCAUAGAAAAAUUUUUUUUUCUUCAAAAUUUCAAAAAAAUCCUAAUCAAAAAUCGGGAAGCAAAUUUUAAUUUAAUUUAUAAAAUUUAUGUUUUAAAACGCAAUUUGUUUAAAAUUAAACAGAAUUAGCUCGAGAUUUCAUUAUACUAAUUAUCACUUAUAUAUCAAUUUUUUUUCAUAAUUUAAUUUUUUUUUUCUAUUAAAAAAAUUUUUGUUCACUCACGGAGGGUGGUUUUUUUUGCAAAAAAAAUAGGGAUUUUUCCAAUGGUUUUAUUCACUCACGGAGGGGGGGAGUAAGAGAAAAAUAACAUUUUUGACUUUUUUAUUUGACAAAUAAAAGCAUACCAAAAUAAAAAAUGGCAAGAAAUACAAAGUGGACAGCAAAAUAUUCAGAAGAUAUGGGUGGAGGCUAUUGUUUUUUGUAGCAAUUUGUCUAUUUUAUUACUCCUUAGCUUUAUUUUGAUUAUAUAGCAGUUGUGAAGCAUCUUUAAUUGCAAGGCCUGAAAUUUUAGAGAACUUUAUUAUAAGGAGAGCUCUCCUCGCAAAGCUUUGAUAUUUCUCUGCAAAUUUCACAAGUGACUCUGCAAAGAUAUUAUUUCCUGACUAUUAUGCUAUUCCAAGUCCUCAAAAAGAGUUUCCUAAAUUAAUUUCAGAAUUUAAGUACAGAUAUAAGCAGUUGUGAAGUCCAAGUCUUUUUGACUAUUUAUCAGACGAAUUGAAAGCUAGACUAUUUGAGUGGAAUAAUCAUACUGUACCUUUUGGGAAUUAUGGGGAUAUUCCUGCAGUGAAUUUGGUAAUACUUGAAUCCUAUGGCAUGUCUAUUUUAAAUAAUCAAGACUUGUAUAGCUUUUUUGUUAUAUUAGCUAAUGGAGGGAAACAGUUUGCUGAGGAUUAUACACUUGCAAAUCGUGACACAAAAGACAUUAUCAACGGCCAGCUGGCUUUGUUUAUUUAUUUUACAGUCUGAUUUUCUAUAUCGCUUGCUCUGCUGUUUCUGUUAUAUUAUCUGCCAUUUUUAUGAAAAGAGUUAAAAAUCGUGAAAAGAGCUCAAAUUUUGCCUUUAUUGGUGCCUAAGUUUAUUUCUUAA